CCAGAUUAUAGCCACCAUAUGACCGCUUCUGACAAUUUGUUUUUUGGAAUAUACUCACAGAGUGAGGGCACUAAUGUGCCUAAACCGACCAUGAACGAACAAAGUGAAGAAGCAGUGCUUCGAGUUCCCAACUCAUCUGAUAUACAAAAAAAUCAAAAGAAAGAACUAUUGCAGAACAAGCCCGAAGG